AUGGGAACCAGGGAAGAAGAGAGCGGGAGGACCAGGUGCUCGUGGUCUGUGUUCGAUGGCGUGAAGUCCUUUUCUCUCGCUCCCAACUCCCCCGCCGCCGCCAGCGUCCCACCGGACACGCUGAUGGCGGAGAUCGACGCCGCCAUCGCCGCCUCUGAGCACGCCCACUCAACCCUCCUCCUCCGUCCAUUCGGCAGACCCCAGCGACCGGAGGGGGAAGGGGAGGAGCCCUUCACUUCCUCGGCAGUGGCGGCGGCGGCGGCGGCGCUCGGUGGGUCGGGCUACGAGGCCGUCGGGCUGGCCGACGAAGCAUACAGGUCAGCUUGCGCCGCUCUGGCUGCGGGGAAGCCCGAUUCCGCCUUGCGCUCUCUCCGGGUGGCGCUGGCGAGCUGCCCGCCUGAGAAGGUCUCUGCCAUCUCCAAGCUCCGGUCCCUCGUCGCCUUUGCCACCUCUCAGCAGCAGCGCCUGAUCCUGCAGCACAAGUCCGCACCAUCCUAA